AUGGGAGCAAAAGCCGGCCACGAGCAGGCCGCGGGCCCGGGCCGGCGCUUCGGUAGCCUCCACGCCCGCCACCUGCAGCUGCUGGAGUGGCCGGGGCGGCCGCACGACGUCUUCUCGGUCCAGGAGGAACCCAGCAAGCGCUACCACCUGAUCCUACCCGCCUUCUUCCGCCUCCUCGACACCCUGCACCGGGACGGGAGAGCGUUCGCUGUCAUCUUCAGGACCUUCGGCACCGACCUGCCCCGCGCCCUGCGGGCUGUGAGCUGCGCCCUGGCUGGGCAGCACCCCCAGUUCCCCACCCUGCGGGAUGUGGCGCUCCCUGUGGACCUCACCCCCGGCCAGAUACGCUGUGGCAAGCGAGAGGUGGUGCUGACAAGGGGAGCAGAGCGCCUGGCCACCCGGGAAGAUGGAAGAAAGCUUUAUGACUACUUCAGCUCCUUUGAAGGAAUUGGAGGCUUCCAAGAUCACUUUGAGUGGUGGGCCAGAAAUAAUUUCUCUUCCCGGGGUGGGAAGCCCCUGUGGAUUGACCCCCACGAUCCUGGCGUUCACCACAUCUUCAUUGAUGACAACAUCCGGCUGGACGACGCGGACACCAUUGUUCAUCCCCAGGUGUUUUCGGAGCCGGGCAGCAGCAGCCCCAGGCGCGUUCCCACCUCGGAGCUGUAUGACGUUUGCCUGGUGCAGACCGACCUGCUGGAGGCCAUUGCUGAUGAGGACUAUUUCCUGCGCUGCGUGAGGAGGUGUGAGAAGAAUUACGAUCGCUACCUGGCCUGCAUGGAGAAGGACACUCUGAGCCAGCGCCUGGGUGCUGCCGAGGUGCUUGACCUCCCGGCCCAGUGCUGGACCGCUCUCCCGCCUCUGCCCACGCCGCGGGCUGGAGCUGCUGCCCUCGCCCUGGGCAAGCAGAUCCUAGUAGUGGGUGGCGUGGACGCGGCGCAGAGCCCUCUUGCCUCCGUCGAGGUCUACCAUGUGGAUGAGGGCAAGUGGGAGAAGAAGGCGGCGCUGGCUCAGCCCUCCAUGGGCAUCUCGGCCGUGCAGAGAGACGGGGCCGUCUACGCGCUGGGGGGAAUGGGUGCGGACACCUCUCCCCAGGCACUGGUCCGUGUCUACGAGCCGGCGAAGGACCACUGGCAGCCCCUGCCCUCCAUGCCCACACCCUGCUACGGGGCCUCUGCCUUCCUGCAGGGCAACAAGAUCUUUGUCCUGGGGGGCCGGCAGGGCAAGUUGCCCGUCACUGCCUUUGAGGCCUUCGACCUGGAAACAAGGAGCUGGACGCGGUACCCCAGCGUGCCCAGCCGCCGCGCCUUCGCUGCCUGCGCCAUGGUCGACGGCGUCGUCUUCAGCCUGGGGGGGCUGCAGCAGCCGGGUCCCCACAACUUCUAUUCCCGUCCCCACUUUGUCAACACUGUGGAGAUGUUCGAUCCCGCGCAAGGUGCGUGGAGGAAGCCGAACCGUGCCAUCCGCAUGAGGGAGAAGAGAGCCGACUUCGUGGCCGGCUGCCUGGGAGGAAGAGUGGUGGCCAUGGGUGGCCUCGGGAACCAGUCCUGCCCGCUGGACUCAGUGGAAGGGUUCAGCCUCUCGCAGAAGAAGUGGGAGCCGCUGCCCCCCAUGCCCACUGGCCGCUGCUCCUGCUCCAGCUGCCCGACACCCAGCCUGCUCUUCGUCAUCGGCGGGGUGGCCCAGGGUCCCAGCGGCGCCGUCGAGGCUCUGUGCCUGCGUGAGGUGCCCUGAGCGGGGCUCCGGGGACCAGCCCCGGCCAAGCACCAAGUGCCUGAAGACGGGGACAGGGUGUCAAAGCACCCAUGCGUGCGGGUGACACGGCUCCAGGGAGCUGCUGUCUCGUUGACGCCGGGCACUGGAGCAGCCGCAGUUUCUCGCUGUGCUUCAGAAACCCCUCUCGGCUCUUACACCGGCUGUGACAAUGGAGCCCCGGGCAAAAACCCUGCCUGGCAGGAGGGCUGCGGCCGGCAGCGUGCAGAGCAGCAGUGGCAGGACUGUCGCUGGCUUUGCUGCCCUGUCCGGCUCCAUCCGUGCCGCGGCGUGUCCGUGCCGUGUGUGUAGCAGUGAGUGCUGUGUCGUCGUAGACCCAGUCGAUGUCUCAUGUAGCACAGAGGUGCCCUGUAGCUCAGUGCCUAGGAGGUGACGUAGCACCUCGAAUAAAUGAAACAC